CUGUCCCAUCUGUGUCUCCGCAGCACCCUUCAGACGUGGGGCGGGCCCCCAGCAGCUGCGGCGGAGACAGCUGAAUGUCCAGAGUACACAGGAACCGGCUGCAGAGGAAGGAAAAGUCGUUUUCCUCCCAUUUCUGCCUCAAAGAAGAAAUGAACUUCUCACCGCAGAAGUCCCCGCCGUGUGUCGCGGGGCCGAAGGAGCCGCCGGCACCCCCGGACUGGCUGGCGGGAAGGGUGGACCCCACUUCGCUCCCCAAGGACUUCAACUUUCUGAGCUUGGUCGAGCAGCAGGCCUCGAAGGCCAAGGGGCCGGAGAACAACCUGUAUGCCCAGUACGAGGAGAGGGUACGCCCGUGCAUCGACCUCAUCGACUCCCUGCGGGCCCUGGGCGUGGAGCAGGACCUGGCGCUGCCCGCCAUCGCGGUCAUCGGGGACCAGAGCUCGGGCAAGAGCUCCGUGCUGGAGGCCCUCUCUGGAGUCCCCCUCCCCAGAGGCAGCGGGAUCAUCACGAGGUGCCCACUGGAGCUGAAGAUGAAGAAGCAGCCGUGGGCGUCCAGGUGGAGGGCGACCGUCAGCUACCGGGACGUGCGGCUGCAGCUGGACAACCCCUCCCAGGUGGAGAAGGAGAUCCGGAAAGCCCAGAGAGCCCUGACGGGCAGUGACACGAGCAUCAGUCAGGAGCUCAUCACCCUGGAGGUCACCUCCUGCGAGGUUCCCGACCUCACGCUCAUCGACCUGCCUGGCAUUGCCAGGCUGGCUAUAGGCGGGCAGCCCCAGGACAUCGGAGAGCAGAUCAAGGCGCUCAUCAGGAAAUACAUCCAGAGGCAGGAGACCAUCAACCUGGUCGUGGUCCCCAGCAACGUGGACAUCGCCACCACCGAGGCGCUGAGCAUGGCCCGGGAGGUGGACCCCGACGGGGACAGGACCAUCGGGGUGCUGACCAAACCCGACCUGGUGGACAAGGGCACCGAGAAGGGCGUGCUGCAGGUGGCACAGAACCUCACCUACCACCUCAAGAAGGGCUACAUGAUGGUGAGGUGCCGGGCCCAGCAGGAGGUCCUCAACAACCUGAGCUGUGCCGAGGCGGCCAAGAAAGAGAUGCAGUUCUUUGAGAUGCACCCGCACUUCAGAGUUCUCCUGGACAAUGGGAUAGCCACGGUGCCCCGGCUGGCGGAAAGGCUGACGGAGGAGCUCAGCGAGCACAUCAGUAAAUCACUCCCGCUCCUGGAGACUCAGAUACGAGAGAAGCACCUGAAGACAACCGAGGAGCUGCGGAGCUGUGGGGCCGACGUCCCCAGCCAGGAGGCCGACAUGAUGUUCUUUCUGAUUGAGAAAAUUAAGCUGUUUAACCAGGACAUCGAGAAGCUGGUGGAGGCGGAGGAAGUGGUAAAGGAGAAGGAGACGCGGCUGUACAACAGGGUGCGCCAGCAGUUCCAUCGCUGGGCCGGCGUCCUCACUGCCGGCAACCUGAGAGUGAAAAAUAACAUUCAGGACGAAAUCUCAAAGUACGAGAACCAGUACCGCGGCAAAGAGCUUCCGGGCUUCGUCAGCUACAAGACGUUGGAGACCAUCAUACAGCAGUACCUCCAGCAGCUGCUGGACCCCGCACUGCAAGUGCUGCUCAGCGUCGUGGAGCUUGUCCAGCAGGCUUUCUGUGACACGGCCAUGAAGCACUUCAGCGAUUUUUCCAACCUCCAUCAAACCGUCUGGAACAACAUCGAAGGCAUCAAAACGAGGCAGGUGGAGAAGGCGGAGGAGGUGAUCCUGCUGCAGUUCAAGAUGGAGCAGCUGGUCUACUGCCAGGACCAGAUCUACAGCACGGUGCUCAAGGGUGUCCGGCAGGAGGCGCUGCAGCCCCUGGGAAACACCCCCGUGGUCUUCUCCAAUGCCCCCCACUCUGCCAAAGACACAGCCCAGGUCUCCACCAUCAGCGAAAUCGGAGCCCACGUGGAGGCGUACUGCUUGGAAACCAGCAAACGGCUGUCCAACCAGAUCCCGUUCAUAAUUCAGUUUUUCAUACUUCGAGAAAACGGCGACUGCCUGCAGAAAGCCAUGCUGAAGAUCCUCCAGGAGAAGGACAGCACACAGCGUCGCAGGAGGCACAGGAGGAAGAUGGUGCAGUCUGGGGUGGAAUCCACGAGUCCGGAUUCAGCCGCUGAGCCCAAUGCAGCGACACUGAAUGGAGACGCUCACCUGGCCGAGAGAGCGCAGCCCAGGGGGCCGGAGAACAACCUGUGCGCCCAGUACGAGGAGAGGGUGCGCCCGUGCAUCGACCUCAUCGACUCCCUGCGGGCCCUGGGCGUGGAGCAGGACCUGGCGCUGCCCGCCAUCGCGGUCAUCGGGGACCAGAGCUCGGGCAAGAGCUCCGUGCUGGAGGCCCUGUCGGGCGUGGCCCUCCCCAGGGGCAGCGGCAUUGUCACGCGCUGCCCUCUGGUGCUGAGGCUGAAGAAGCUGCCCCCGGAAGCCGAGUGGAGGGGCCGGGUCAGCUACCAGGAGCAGGAGGUGGAGCUCUCUGACCCCGCGCAGGUGGAGCCGGCAGUGACUAAAGCCCAGAACGUGAUCGCCGGGGAGGGGCUGGGGAUCAGCUCCGAGCUCAUCAGCCUGGAGGUCAGCUCCCCGCUCGUCCCGGACCUGACCCUCAUCGACCUGCCCGGCAUCACCAGGGUGGCCGUGGGCGGCCAGCCCGCGGACAUCGGGCACCAGAUCAAGGCGCUCAUCAGGAAAUACAUCCAGAGGCAGGAGACCAUCAACCUGGUCGUGGUCCCCAGCAACGUGGACAUCGCCACCACCGAGGCACUGAGCAUGGCCCAGGAGGUGGACCCCGAGGGGGACAGGACCAUCGGCAUCCUGACGAAGCCUGACCUGGUGGACAGGGGCACGGAGGACAAGGUGGUGGACGUGGCGCGGAACCUCGUGUUCCACCUGAAGAAGGGCUACACGGUGGUGAAGUGCCGCGGGCAGCAGGACAUCCAGGAGCGGCUGAGCCUGGAGCAGGCCCUGCAGAAGGAGCGGGCCUUCUUCCAGGAGCACCCCCACUUCAGGGUUCUUCUGGAGGAGGGCAGGGCCACGGUGUCCAGCCUGGCCGAGAGACUGAGCACCGAGCUGAUCGAGCACAUCUGUAAAACGCUGCCCCUGUUGGAGAAGCAGAUCAAGCAGAACCACGAGCAGUGCUCUGAGGAGCUGCAGAAGUUGGGCGUAGACAUCCCCGAGGACGACAGCGACAGGCUGCUCUUCCUGAUUGACAAAAUCAACGCAUUUAACCAGGACGUCACUGCCCUCGUGCAAGGGGAGGAGGUGGUCCAGGAGGACGACAGCCGGCUCUUCACCAAGCUGAGGGCCGAGUUCUGCAAAUGGGAAAGCGUGGUCGAGAAGAAUUUCAAGGCAGGUUCUUGUAACAUCCGGAGCCAGCUGUGGAAGUUUGAGAAACAGUACCGUGGCCGAGAGCUGCCGGGCUUCGUGAACUUUAAGACGUUUGAGACGAUCGUGAAACAGCAGAUCAGAGCCCUAGAGCUGCCGGCUCAGGACAUGCUGCACAGGGCGACAGACAUGGUGCGCGCCGCCUUCACAGAUGUGUCAGAGAGAAACUUCCACGAGUUCUUCAACCUGCACAAGACCACCAAGUCCAAAAUCGAGGACAUCCGCCUAGAGCAGGAGAAGCAGGCCGAGCGCGCCAUCCGGCUGCACUUCCAGGUGGAGCAGGUUGUCUACUGCCAGGACCAGGUGUACCGGGGCGCGCUGAAGAAGGUCCGGGAGGCCGAGGCGGAGGAGGAAAAGAAGUCUCAGAAGUUCGGCGGCUCCUCCUUCGGAUUCGGCUCCUCCUCCUCCGGAUUCGGCUCCUCCCAGGACUCCUGCUCCUUGGCCGAAAUCAUAGAGCACUUGGUUGCCUACUACCAGGAGACGGGCAGCCGCCUCUCCAGCCUCGUCCCGAUGCUCGUGCAGUUCUUCGUGCUGUGCUCGUACGGGCAGGAGCUGCAGAAGUCCAUGCUGCAGCUGCUGCACAACAAGGAGAACUGCGGCUGGCUGCUGCGAGAGCGCAGCGACACCAGCACCAAGAGGAGGUUCCUGAAGGAGCGGCUGGCGCGGCUGGCCCAGGCCCGGCGCCGGCUCGCCAAGUUCCCGGGCUGACGGCUCUGCCAGCCGGGCUGCGGGCGCAGUCCCCGCCUCCCCCUGUGCUGUCCCUUCUGGAGCCCGCGGCUCAGCUCAGAGCCACGCGGGGCACCAGCAGCAGCCUCUCCUCCUGUGUAAUAAACGCGUGCGGCCUCUA